AUGGCAACGAUGGAGGAAGGAUUGAGCACCAUGAAAAAAAUCAAAAGCAACAUGAGUAAACUUUGCUUCAAUAGGUCCAACAAGCUGAACGGAGAUUUUAAGGAUGACCAAAUUGAAAUAAUCCUCGACAACAAGAACAUAACGCCCAAGCCGAUAUACUUCAAUUUUCAAGAAGCAGAAGCGAAGAAAUCUUUUGACCAAAUAGACUACUUACUUAAACAGUUUGAUGACAAAAAUGAAUUUAUCGACGAGAAGGGAAGCUCAACAAAAGCUACUGAUGAAGCUAAUAAAAUAGGAGCUAUAAUUGAUGGAGAGCCAAAACGUGGACUGGGGGAGCAGGAUUCUGUUGAGGCAGAAAACGAGGAAGGGGGACCAAAAGAUAUUCAGUACGAAGAGGACAUUUUAAAAUCCUACGAUGAAAUCCGGUUGAGCGAAUCAGAAACGAUCAACCUGCUGAACAUCCCCAAUAUGCUAAACGACAUGGAGGAGGAAAAAGAGGCCACUGAAGAAAAAAACCAAAGAUACGAAAAACUGAUCAACAAUGACGAAAGCAAUUACAUAUGCAAAACCAUGCAGACAUUAAAUGUGUUCAGAAAGAACAAGGACGUCUACGUUUCCACCAUCAACAAACAGAACAGAAGUUCCCAGACGAAUUUACACGAACUGCACAAGUUGACUAUAAGGAAUCCAUCGGACAUAUCCGAGCUGCUACACAAGAAAUUUUUGAAAUAUAGAAACAAAAAGCUAAAAAAGAUCAUGGACGAAUACGGAGACUCUCUAAACAUUAACGAAAGAGUCAUUUUGAAGAAAAACAUGUGGGUUCAGAUUGUUGAUAAGAAUGUAGUAGAUAACAAGCAAACGACGAUCAUACCAAAAUCGUUUUAUAAGUCCAAGAAAAAUAAUACAUCCCUUUUUAAUACCCUCUUUUCCACAAAAAAUAUGUCUCGAACCUUGUCAAAUAAAAGUAGAACAUUCAGAACUAGAAGCAAAUUUAAAAAUAUGAAAACGAUGAAAUUUUUAACAAGCAGCUUCAGCGAGGACGAAUAUCUAAUCAAGUCGAUAAUCAAAAAGAAAAGGGAGCAAACGGACGCGUCCCCAGAAACGCCAGAAGACACUGGGGAUAGUGCAAAUAUUAUCCCAUGGAAAAUAAACAACCAGAAAAAAAAUUUAAACAGAGGAUCCUUUGUUCAUAUAUUAAAAAAUAUGGAAAAGUACGUAGUACAAAAUGUCUACUAUUACGAGCAAAUGCUGUACAAGAACAUCCACUUGAGUUACCUAAAUGAUAGGAGAAAAAAUAACAAAGUGAAAAUGUUCGAUGGGGAGACCUACGACGCCCUUACGAACCCAAACAUUAACUAUAGGAGAAAAAAAAAGAUCAUCAGAAUGAAAAUAAAAAUGAAUUUCAAAAAGACAAUUAACUUUUACAAAAUUAACAAAUUCGUUGAUAUUGCUAGUAAGGAAGAGAUGCUUGAGCAGAGAAGUGCACCCCCCAUGAACGGAGGCCCCCAGUGGGCUACUCACUUGGACCUGCUCAAACGAGUAGCUGUUCUGUCCAAGGGGAAGAAGAAAAAAAUAAGACGACAAAUUUCAUCUGGAAAGUUGAGGACACAAAUCAGGAAAAGGGCAGCAAGGAGAACCGGAAAAGGAGUCCUCAAUAAAGUUCCAAACCAAGAGGAAGACCAGACAGAAAAGACAGCUGAAACGCAGGCAGAUGAUAAAAAGGCGCCCGAACCAGUGUGCACUGCAAAUGAACCGAAUAAAACUGAACAUGACAAAACCGAGGGAGAGCACCAAAUUUUCGAUAUCAUUGCAAAUGAAGAAAGCAAUGAAGACAAAAUAAAAAAAAUCAGCACGCUGAUCCUAGAUGAUGUUUUAAAAAAUAACUGCAAUGAUGAAAAAAAGAAGCAAAUUUUGGAAAAAGAAAACAUAGAAAAAAAAAAAAUAUCAUAUGUGCUAAGGAAGAAAGAGAAGUUUACCUCCAUCAAAGGGAACAGAAUAAAGUUCGUCUCGGAAGUGAGACAAGACGACGGCAUGUUCAUGUGUGACGAUGAUGAUCAUUUCAUGUGCAAAGAUGAUAUGCAAAAUGAUUACAAUGCCUACAUGGAGGAAUAUACAGAGAAAGGGGACACACAUGGGAAGGCCAAUAAUAGCAACCAUCUGUACAAACUGAAGGGGAAAAAAUACAUCAAAAAUAUUUCCAUUGACAAGCUCUUCCAAUUUCAUUAUAACAAGUUAGAAAAAAUAGUGACAUCUAUAGAUACGAACAAAUUUUAUGAAGACUACAUAACAGCUAGCUAUUCCAACACACUAGACAUUGGAAGCUUCCACAAUAGCAAAGGAAACGUUGCUAUUUUUAGUUACAUCAACCCAACGUACCCACUAAGGCUGUAUGACGUAAAUUCAAGUGUGCUGAAAAUUAUGUACUCGAACAAUAAUCCCAAUCUGCUAGUUGCCACCUUGUCCAAUGGACACAUCAACAUUUACGACACUAGAAAUAGGGAUCAGCUAGCUGUUUUGAAAUCUACUAGCAUAAAAAGUUAUCACAACUGUUUUGAACCCAUAUAUGACAUCUGUUUUAAAUGCAACUACAUGGGAAACAAUACGGAAGAAAGUAUUUUCUACUCUGCUCAUGAAAAUGGGUAUGUGUACCAGUGGACUAUAGAAAAGGAAUUAAAAAAUAAAGAAAUUUUAUACCUAAAGAAUAAAAAAAAUGAUUUGUAUCAAGGUCUCUCAUCAGUAUUUGAAAAUAAAAACCUGUCAAAUAAACCAUUUAACUCUUCCCUAACUUGUAUUGACAUAGAUAAUUACAUGAACCACGAUGAAGAUUUUAUCAUCAGCAACAUAAAGAAGGAGGAUGCAACGCACAUCGGCGACAAGCAAAUGCGUUACGACAAUUCGGGGGAGAACAUUCCUAACUGUGAUAUUCAGGAACCGAGCGAGGGCGCUCCAGACAACACAGCUUCGCAUGAAGCAGGGGCCAACGGAGCUGCGGCAAUGGUCGAUGCUGCCGGGGAACACUAUGUAAAGAGCAUAUCUAGGGAAGAAGAACUGCUAAACCAUUACAAAAAUAUUACGGAAAACAUCAUUGACAAAAAAAUAAAGCAGACACACUCUUACUACUACCUCGGCACAAAGAAUGGACUAAUAUACAGGUGCAAUAGCUGCUAUCAGAAGUCGUACUUAAAUUAUUAUGUAGCCCAUUUCGGGGCUGUAAACAAAAUAAAAAUAAAUAAAUUCGACCACGACAUUUUCCUAAGUGCCGGGGAAGACUGCACAAUAAAGUUGUGGCACAAAUUCUCGAAUAAGCAAAUCACAACUUUUAAGUCGAAGAAUUCAUUCAGCUCCAUCAACGAUAUACUAUGGAUGCCCAACAAUUCCACGUCCUUCUUCUGCUGCUCGAAUGAUGGCCGCGUGGAAUUAUGGGACUUCAAUUUUUUGUCCAAGGACCCCUUGAUCAUUUUCUACCCCAACGUAGUUGAGGCGUCUAAAACUAUAUGCCUCAAGAUGUUUAACAAGAAGGACAUUUUACUGUGCGGAGAUAACCUAGCGAACGUUUCGAUGAUCAAAAUAAACAAUUUGGUCGACAUGGGGUUAGAUGACUAUCAACAGAAGAUUAAAUUGACGGAGUGUCUCAAGUGUUUGGAUACCUACGACUAUUUCUGA